CCCUCGUACGCGGUGUGGCUCAUUUAAUUUAAAAGGGUGUCACUUGCAGUCCUGUGAAAAAGUAUCACUUAUGAGAAAUUCGAGAGAAAUUGGCCUUCGACUCUGGUGUAUCGUAUUGAAAUACCGAGCGGCCAGAAACAGUUAAAAUCCAUAUGUCUUUCGACACCACAGCCAUGCAGUGAAUAAUUAAUGAACGCUCGAGCUUGGAUUACAUGUAUCAGUUAAUAAUAGACAAUUUUACUCGUUCGAAUUCAUUCCUGUUUGCGGGCCAAGGUCGCGUGUUAAUAGGAGAUUGUGCUGUACAGUAGUUAUUUUAUUUAACAUUUAAAAGUCUCAUUUGCAUUACGUUCGAAAUAAAUUACAAACUUUGGAAGUUUGAUUGAAAUUUAGAACUGUUGAAAAAGGAUGAUUUAUCGAGUGAUUUGAAUGAAAUUUAUGAAUGCAAUCAGGCAACUGAUCGCGCAGAAGAUGAAGCAGAAGAGGCAGACUGGUGCUAGCGGAAUGGUGCAAGCAUCUAAUGUGUCCAGCGCUCAGCUCACAAGUCAUUCGAAUAAAUGGAUGAAUCCAAACAAGGAACUUCACGCUUAUGACGGCCCACUACAAUACGCUAUGUUUCAAACAAAUACAGAAGUAGGACCUUACACAGAGAGAAAAAACAGCGAAGGGACAAUUAAUGCAAUGGUCAGCGAUAGAAGCUUGUACGAAGGUUCCCAAAGCACUGAUUGUGCCGAUGAGGAAUCGUCACCCAUAGAUUUGCAUUCACCCUCAGAAUCUCUGCCAUGUUCCUCACCACUUCGAGUGGCCCCGUCGGAAGGGCCUAACACUCUUAUUAAUAGAGAUAACAACUCUUCCAGUCCAGAACUGGAAGGGAAUGUAGAAGGCAAUAUUGAGCAGUUUGUAUUGCAACCGGCAAAUAAGAAGAUGCAUUACAAAUGUCGAAUAACGCGCGACCGGAAGGGCAUGGACCGUGGUCUUUAUCCGACUUAUUUCUUACAUCUAGAGCGCGAUUAUGGGAAAAAGAUUUUCCUACUGGCUGGCCGAAAAAGGAAAAAAAGCGCGACGAGCAAUUACUUGAUUUCGACCGAUCCCACAGACCUCUCGAGGGGAGGGGAAUCCUACGUCGGUAAACUCCGAUCGAAUCUUCUGGGGACGCAAUUCUCAAUUUACGACAACGGAUACUCGUUGAUGAAAGACGACAAACGCGACGAGCGUUUCAAUCCACGGCAGGAAUUGGCCGCGGUGGUGUAUGACACGAAUGUCUUAGGUUUUAAAGGCCCGCGUAAGAUGACAGUCAUUAUACCGGGCAUGACGCCCGAUCAGAAGCGGGUGGAGAUAUGUCCGCGGGUCGAAUCGGAAACCUUGCUUGAACGAUGGAAAUUAAAACAGAUGGACAAUCUGAUAGAGUUACAUAACAAAACUCCCGUAUGGAACGACGACACGCAGUCUUACGUGCUUAAUUUCCACGGGCGAGUAACUCAGGCGUCUGUAAAGAAUUUCCAAGUCGUCCAUGACAGCGAUGUGGAUUACGUCGUGAUGCAGUUUGGACGCGUCGCGGAGGACGUUUUUACGAUGGAUUACCGAUUUCCCCUUUGUACAGUCCAGGCGUUCGCCAUCGCUCUGAGUAGCUUCGACAGUAAAUUGGCGUGCGAAUAACAACGCGGCCAUCGAUCAAACUGUCAGCUGAAUACAUAUACUUGUCCACGAGUUGCUAUAUCAUUGUAAAUCGUUAGCUAUCCAAUGGACAAUCAGUAGAUUAUCAGAUGCCAGUCUGAAUGUGGGUACUCGGCGUAUAUCGAACCGUUUUUCUAAG